GUGUGGAGGGCGGGCGUUCGGGGCUGUUCGGGGCCCCGGCGUGGCGCCGGGAGCCGGCGGUGCGUCUGCAACACGCCGUCAGCGGGCUGGAGCCCCUGGCCUGGUCCGAGGACCACCGCGUGUCCGUGGCCACCGCCCGCAGCGUCGCCGUGCUGGAGCUGGUCUGCGACGUCCACAACCCCGGACACGAGCUCGUCAUCCACCGCACCUCCCUGCCCGCCCCCAUCACCAGCUGCCUGCUCAAGGUUGGUUCCCCAAAAGAGGUCGCCGAAUGCAAGGAAAAAUUCGCCACCUCCAAGGACCCCACGGUCAGUCAGACCUUCAUGUUGGAUAGAGUGUUCAAUCCCGAGGGGAAGUCCCUGCCCCCGAUGCGAGGGUUCAAGUACACCAGCUGGUCCCCGCUGGGCUGCGAUGCCAACGGGCGGUGCCUGCUGGCGGCCUUAACCAUGGACAACCGACUGACCGUCCAGGCCAACCUCAACCGGCUGCAGUGGGCGCAGCUGGCGGACCUGACGGAGAUCUACGGGGAGCGCCUCUCGGAGGCCAGCUACGUGGUGUCCAAAGGCGAGGCCCCCCGGGGCCGCCUGGAGGACUUCGCCGAGUUCCAGAGGAGGCACAGCAUGCAGGCGCCGGUGCGGAUGGAGUGGUCGGGCAUCUGCACCACCCAGCAGGUGAAGCACAACAACGAGUGCCGCGACGUAGGCAGCGUGCUGCUGGCCGUCCUCUUUGAGAACGGGAACAUCGCCGUCUGGCAGUUCCAGCUCCCCUUCGUCGGGAAGGAAUCCAUCACCUCGUGCAGCACCAUCGAGUCGGGGAUCGGUUCCCCCACCGUCCUGUCGUGGUGGGAGUACGAGCACAGCAACCGGAAGAUGAGCGGGCUGAUCGUGGGGAGCGCCUUCGGGCCCGUCAAGAUCCUGCCCGUCAACCUCAAAGCGGUCAAAGGCUACUUCACGCUGAGGCAGCCCGUCGUCCUGUGGCAAGAGAUGGACCAGUUGCCCGUCCACAGCAUCAAGUGCAUCCCCCUCUACCACCCGUACCAGAAGUGCACGUGCAGCUUAGUGGUGGCCGCGCGGGGGUCCUACGUGUUCUGGUGCCUCCUCCUGAUCUCCAAGGCGGGUCUGAACGUCCACAACUCCCACGUCACGGGGCUCCACAGCCUGCCCAUCGUGUCCCUGACGGCGGACAGGCAGAACGGCACGGUGUACACCUGCUCGAGCGACGGGAAGGUCAGGCAGCUCAUCCCCAUCUUCACGGACGUCGCGUUGAAGUUUGAGCACCAGCUGAUCAGGCUGGCGGAGGUGCUGGGCUCGGUCAGGACGUACGGGAUAGCGGUGAGCCCCUGCGGCGCCUACCUGGCCGUCAUCACCUCCGAGGGCAUGGUCAACGGCCUCCACCCGGUGAACAAAAGCUACCAGGUGCAGUUCGUCACCCUGAAGACGUUCGAAGAGGCCGCGGCCCAGCUCUUGGAGUCUUCCGUCCAGAACCUCUUUAGGCAGGUGGACCUGACGGACCUCGUCCGCUGGAAGAUUCUGAAAGACAAACACAUCCCUCAGUUCCUGCAGGAGGCUUUGGAUAAAAAGAUCGAACGCUGCGGGGCCACUUACUUCUGGCGCUUCAAGCUCUUCCUUCUGAGGGUCCUGUACCAGUCGAUGCAGAAGACCCCCGCCGAGGUCCUGUGGAGACCCAACCACGAAGACUCCAAGAUCUUCCUCUCGGACUCGCCGGGGGCGGGCAAUCCCGAGGACGAGCCCGAGGAAGAAGGGACUGCUUCCAAGCGGGUGGGCAGGCGGGGCCCGCCGGGGCAGGGCAAAGCCGGAGACCCCGAAGACGCGGCGGGGGACCCCCUCACCCUGCCCGGGGACCCGGGGGGCCCCGAGCCGAUGGAAGAGAAGCUCUUGGAGAUCCAGGCCAGGAUCGAGGCCGUGGAAAUGCACUUGACGAGGGAACACAUGAAGCGGGUCUUGGGCGAGGUCUACCUGCACACGUGGAUCACGGAGAACACGAGCAUCCCCACCAGAGGAGUCUGUGACUUCUUAAUGGCCGACGAAGGGUAUGACGACAGAACGGCACGGGUGCUGAUUGGGCAUAUCUUGAAGAAGAUGAACAAACAGACUUUCCCAGAGCACUGCAGUCUGUGUAAAGAGAUCCUGCCCUUCACAGAUCGCAAACAGGCCGUGUGCUCCAAUGGACAUAUUUGGCUCCGUUGCUUUUUAACCUAUCAGUCCUGCCAGAGUUUGAUAUACCGAAGGUGUUUGCUUCACGACAGCAUCGCACGUCAUUCAACCCCAGAAGAUCCUGACUGGAUUAAGAGACUGUUGCAAGGACCCUGCACUUUUUGUGAUUCUCCAGUUUUCUAGACCCCUGUGGUGGAGUGGAGAAGUCAGUUCCUGUACUUCAGAAAGCUUCAUUCUGGAGGGAAAAGGCCAGACUUGGCUCUGCAUUGGAAGAGAGACACUUUCCUGGACCAUGUAAAUAGAACAUUGAAAAUUCAGACCUAGGAGGCCCAAGGCCCCCGUUUAACUGGAUACCGGGUUUUGCCGAAGCAAUGUGGAGGUGACCACCGCCCUUUAGAUUCAGUUGGCCUUCUUGGCUGUCACGUGUCUUUUGACCGAAUUGGACAUAAAAUGGGAUAAACAUGUCUUGUCCUCUCUCAAAACAGCCUGGAUUUUUCUAGGCAGGUUGGAAGAGGGCUGGAUCAGAAAUGCCCAUUUUAGGCUUGGGCUGGAACAGCCAGAAGGAUCCUAGAGAGAGGUUUUUCAGUCUUCUGGUAGUUGAUUUUCCACAAGCCCUGGCCUUCACCAUGCUACCAAACACUGAAGUGUGAUUCUGUUAUUUGUUUCUUAGUAAAUGGCCUGCAUGCCUGCUGUCUCCUUUCAAAGAGUGGAGAAAUCAGCCUUUCGAUUCGUGUUUCCCUGCGUAGUGAGCAAAGCAGUCUCUCAUGGUAAUAGUCUGUUGCGAAUGAAAGACUAAAAUUGGUUGUGUUGUGCCAAAUGAGAAUCAGAGAAAGCUGUUAAAUGUUGAUAAUCAUAAGUAACUUAUACUUUGUAAUUAGACCCUCCCUCAGGCCCAGCUCUUUUAAAAGUACAUAAUGAUAUCAAGUGUUCAAAUUUCUCGCCUCUUACCUCCUGCCCCCAUCAGUUUUGAAGUAAUUUUAUUUUACAGUUUUCCCUUUUUUCACAAACUUGUAUGAACAAAAAGGAAAGGGAAGAAAACCACUAUUGUAUUAAAUAUAUUUUUAGUA